CAGCGUUUGUGGUUCGGUCGACACACGCGCACACACACGCACUAUAUGCGUAUAUAUGUAUGCAUGUGUAUUUUUUUUGGUCUCUCCUCUUUCCGUUCCCGUCGCGUCAUUAUAAUAUAGUAAGUGCGUACAAAACAAAUAUAAUCCCGAAAAGUGUCGCUCGCGUUCCCGACCCGGCCGCAUCAUAAUACAUCCGUCCGUCCGACGUCGACGUCCGAGAGCUGCAGUUACCGCGUACCUGCAGCCCGCCUGCCUGCUUAACAUUAUAAUAGUAGUCCUCCGACCGCGUGCCCGUCCGAAACGCGCGUUCUUCGUGUCCCGGCCACGCUGUUGUCAUAAUAUUCGGGUUUUUGAGUAGUUUUUAUUAUUAUUAUUUUUUUUUUUUUUGUUAUUGUUGUUAUUUUGGUGUUUUCGGUGUUAAAGUCUUUCCCGGCGCUUUUUCCCGAACGCGCGUAUAACAAUAUUUAACCCGUAUCAAACAUUUCGCCGCGUCUACGAUGGGAAAUUCCUUCGACUAUAUGUUCAAAUUAUUGUUCUUGACGGCGAUUACGUGUUGUGCAAUUUCGUUCGCGUCCCCCCCGAAGGUUACCACUGUGACGUCAAGCCGACCGUCCGUUUGCGACUCGUGCGAGUGCUUGCCCGACAACGUAGCCCCCGUAACGGUCAACUGCACGUGCACCAAGUCAAAAGUAAGUAUAUAAUCAUACAAGCUUGUAACGGGAGGGGCUCAGUACAGAUUAUAGCCGCCUUCCGGAUUUUAGGAUUUCAGGACAGACUCUACGCACUAAAAAUGUUUAAUAAAGCCACAGGCCCUUCCCCCAAUAUAUUUUAUCAUUUUAUGCCUAUGUAAACUAGAAGUGGCACGGAAUGAAGAAGUUUACAGUGAUUCAUAUUUUAUUUUGAGCUUUCCAUACAUUGUUUUAAAGAAUAGGUUAUUCGUAAGUUUGUCCAACUAAAAAUAUUUGCCUCGCUUCAUUAAAAAACUUAAUUGCUUCUUUAAUAUCAAUAAUAUUAUUCAAUUGCAAACAUUAAUCAUAUUAUUUUCUUUAGAAAUUGCAUGAUACAUAUGAUAACGAUAUCCUUUAUUUAUUAGUUUUUUUAACGUCUAGUCAUAAAAUAAUAAAUAAAAGCUGAUUCUGUUGAUAGGUGUGCCACAGUUUUAGGAAGGAAGUUGGAAAAGAAAAUAUGUAAAUUAUAGUGUAAUUUAUAUCUGUAUGCAACGAUAAAUCAUUGCUAAUGAAAAACGAUUCUGAGCUGAAUAUUAUUGAUCGUAUUUUUUCUCUUAUUGCCAAGGUAACCCAGAUUUUCAAAGAAAAUUACCAGUGUUUCCGACUCAUAACCACAUGGGAAAUUCAAAAAUUAUAUCCUUAAUACACUAAAUAGAUAAAACAAAUUCUAUAUACAAGUUCUUAAAAACUUUUUGAUUAGAGCAAGAUUUAUAGCCGAAAAUUUGUGUACAGAUCAAUAAAAAAAAACACAUACAACCAAAUGAAAUAAAAUAUCAAUGGAUGCAUAUUAUUAAAUUUCAGAACUUCAUUGCACGUGAUAUUUUUCAUAAAAUAGGAAUUUCGUCCAAAAUGGAUUAUAAUAAAUUCGUUUCUAAAUAAAAAUAUUUACACUUGUCCAAACGACCAACGUAAUCAACCGCUGGGGCAGCUUGGGGGAAACCGGUUUCUUUUCUAUAACGUGCGGUGACGGCUCAUUGUGUAUGUCACGUCGAGGUACCUAUCCACUUGUCGCGUUUUUGACGUUAAAACCUCAUGUAGGAGGAUUUUUUAUUCUUUUUUUCUUAUGUACCGUACCUAUUAAGUUUUCGGAAUUUUUAACGUAGUUUACCUAAUAAAAUGUGUCCGCUACCGACCUACUGAAAUCCUGAUUUGAAACAUCACGUGACCUGUUGAUUGUUUCAAGCAUUUAUACGGUCAACAAUAAUUUAACAAAUAAUAACAGAGUUUGUCGACCAUCACACGUGAUAAUUAUAAUAUUUCGUUUUAUCGUGUAUAGUUUUAUGGUUUUUGUACAUUUUAAACCAGGAGGAUAUCUUUAUAAUUGGGCACACGGUCAAUAAAUUAUGGACAUAAUUCAUUUUAUAGAUAAUUCUCUUAGUAAAUUCAAUAGGAUGACGAAGACGGGAAGUUUCGAAGUUUUCACUAUCUGGGAUUUUCUUUCGUUCUACAUAUUUCUCACUGUUCUCUCGAGGGAAACAUAUAGUAUCUAUAUCAGCAUAGACUUGAGGUAAUAAAUAUACUUGGAAGAUUAUACAUUUUUAAUAUGCCUUAAUUUUAAAAUUCUAUAGUCUAAGGGGGGUAUUAUCUAUACUAUAAAGGAGCUGAGUCUCCUAUUACUUUUUCAAAGUUUUUUCUCUGUACAUUAGCGUUUCUUAUCAUUAUUAUUUUUCAAUACCUAUAUAGUAUAAUACCUUUUAUUUUUUUAUUCUGACUGGAGCGAGGAAUAUAUUGGUUUUACUGGUAUGUAUAAUUUUUUUGUUUCUAUCUGUGAGUAACUUUUUUACCAAGGUUUGUUUUCAAUCGAAAAAUGAUAAAGCACCUUUUUUGUUGUAUUUUUGAUCUAGUUGGUGUAUUAUUUUAUUUUUAUAAUAACUAGGAAAGUCGGGGAAAAAAUGUCUAAGAAAAACAAAAAGUUUAUAAUAUGAUGGUUUCAUUAUUUUUGAUGGAAAUUGAUAAAAAAUAAUCGUAAUGAGCUCAAGCGUGCACAGAAUAUUUUUGAGCUUUAUUUGAUAUUUUUGAUUUUUUUUAGUUUGUUGUAUUGAAGAUAUUAUGUGAAUAAAAUUGUUUAGGUAAACAAAAAUAUUUCAAAAUAUAAAAUGUAAUACAUUUUAAGUUCAUUGUUCAUUAUAAGGUACAUUACAAUACAGGUCGACUAUAAGUUGUACUUACUCUUAAGAAAAAGUAUAGCGUAAUAUUCAUUUAAGUUUAAAUUUUGACGAAUAACAUAAAAAUGACUGAAUUUUAAAAUAUAUUUAAAUGAAUUUUGCUCAGGAUCGUUUUUCAUAAACAGUAGUUUAUUAUUGCAUGCAGAAGUAAAUUAAAUAACUUUAUGUAUCCUAUCUUUCUAAAUUCCCCCCUACAACUUUGGAACACCCGUCCUUAAUAUCUUUUUAAAUAAUUUUUUUCUUAGCCAUGAAAAUGUACAAUGAAAACUAAAUAAAAUAUAAUAUUGUGACGUAUCAUUGAAAAAAUCCGUUCACAUACACAUACACACACACACACACACACACAUGCACAAAAAUAUCACUGGACUUACAAUAAAAUAUAACAUAACAUAAUUUUAAAACGUUUAACUAUAAUGAUUUUAUGUUUUUUUACUGAAAAAUAUUUUUUGCAAAUUAGGUGUUUUACAAGUAUUAUAUUUUGUUGAUACUGAAUCAUCUCUUUUUAUAUAUAUAAUAAAAGUAUUGUAAUUAUAAUAUUUUAUUUAUGUGUCUAUAUUUUAUCAUUUACAAACCCCGUGACUGUGCUUUUUUUUUUUUUUUAUAGGUAUUAUGUAUUUAUUAUUCGUUAUUCGUUUAUAAAUAACUAUUUGAUUUAUAGAUAGUUUUAUUUUCGAUAGUUUUGUCACAAAAACGUCUUGUCAAAAUAAAGUAUUAUAUGUAGUGAGAACAGUAUAAAUAAUGGUUGACACUUCUACGUUAUUCUAUUAUAUUGUACGAGCAUUUAAUUAAUACAUUGUUACAAAACUAUCUAAAAGACAAUUCAUUUUAUUUACAUUAGUUUGACACGUCAUAUCCAUACGAUUAUAAUUUAGUGCAAAUAUUAAAACCAUUUAUAUUUCUAAAGAAAACAAAACGUAUUAUUGAUUUAUUGUUUUCAUUAUAGCAUCGGCAUUUACCGCAGAAUGAUAAAAUAGCAGAUAAUUUGUCUGUGGAAAUCGCUGGUGAUGAUAACUUAGUUUUUAUUUUAAAAAAAUGUGAUAAUAAUGGACAAUACGAGUGAUAGUCAAGAAUUUGUAUAAUUAUAUAUUAGUCGUGAAUCUAUAUAUGAGUACAUCUACUAUAUUUUCACAGUAAAGGUCACAGUCUACGCAGAGGAGAUUUUGGAGGGGGUUAUGACCCCCUUGGCCUCCUCGCAUCUUACUCUUAUGUAGUCUAAUUGAUUUAAUCUUAUACUUUUAAUGUUUAUUUUAUUUAUACUUUUUAAUUUAAUUUUUAAAAUCACAUAUUCCUGACAUUUUCAACGAACACUAAUAUUAGUCUCUAGAAAUGUAAAUAUUUUCAGUAUAUUCUGGCAAUUUUUGAGCUAUAUCUCAAAUAUAUAUAUAGCAUUUGAUAUUUUUGAGUUUUGAGUUUUCAUUUGGUUUUGCAUAGUCAAAAGUGUUUUGGCAAAGUAAAAAUGCACACAAAUUUAGCAUUGAGUUUAUUUUAAGUUGCACUUAAAGAUCGAAAAAAAAAAAACAUUAAAACAUUUUUUUAUUAAAGUUAAAAUUUCAACAGAACAUCGUAAAAAUCUCAUAAUUUCAAAAUAUGUUUAACUGAACUUCACUCAGAAACGUGUUUUGUUAGAAAUAAUUUAUUGUUGCGUACAGAUAUAAAUUUAUUUACUCUAUAUAUCUUAUCUUCCCAAAUGUCCAACUACAACAGUAACAUAGCCAUCAGCAAUAUCGACUGACGACUCCUUUUUUAGAAUUAAUAUUUUUUAGUUUACAAACGAGCACUUUACAACCGACUUAAAUAUUUUAAACUACACACAAUCACAUUUAAGAGACUAUUUACAUAUUCGAAUGAUUUUAAUUUGUUUCUUAAUAUAGAACAAUAACACUGAUUUGGUCAUGAUUAAGUAAAUCAAAUAAAUAAUAUGUUUGAGUUAUUAUUUACAUUGAAAAAAAUAUCUAUUUACUGAAUUUACCUUUGUGCUUGAACUGCACACAUUUUUUUUUGCACCCAAAUAUAGAGUAUAAUAAUUUAUUAAUUUAAGUAUAAGCCAAUUUAUCGAAUAAACAAUAAGUUAAUGAAAGUGCAAGUAUCUUAUUAUUACUAAAAACUUAUUAUUUUAUUAAUUAUCAAAAUAAAUAAUUUACUUGCAGUUGAUAAAAAAAAAAACCGAUCACUAAAAUCAAAUUUUUCCCCAGUCGGCUUGUUGCCCUACAAUAAUUCAUUUUUAUUUUUAAAUAAUUGAUCUACAAUGGUUAUAUGGUUGACGGUGUUUUACAAUGUUUUAAUCUGUAUUUGAAACCCGGUAUUUUUUUUGAAAAUGUAAGAUUUGAACAUAAAAAUGGUUGGGGAAAGUGUUGAAAAUUUAAACCCACAAAAGACACACCAUCGAAACUUAAACCGUACAUAUACAAUAUUUCAUUCCACUGACUAUCUGAGGGAUCUGUAGGAGUGUGCCAUACAUAACAACAUGGUACAAUUCAUAUACAAAUUCAACCAAACUUUUAUCACUAUAAUAUGCCUACUAAACAACUCUAAUUAAAAAACGUAAGCUCAUUUGGUUCAACGGGAGUCGAGAGAUAUAAAUAUACGUAAUACACAGAAAUAUCAUUGCAAUAGUUUUUAUUUUCAGGGAAAAUUUUAUCCGAAUUUCCGAGCAUAUUUAGUCCAAAGGAAGUCAAUAAAAUUACCUAAAAAUAUUGGGAAAUGAUGUAAAUGGAUAAUUUUUCAAUAGUGAUGAUAACAAUAUAUUAUUACUGUAACUAUAUUUACUCUUCAUCGUUCGGCAAAUUAUAUAAAUAUCGAAAAACGUAGAUACAGAUGUAUAGAUAUUUACUGAAAUUCGUUACGAAGGAUUUUCAAAAGUUAAAACAAAUACUAAUACAUUCGUAUAUUUUAUUAAUUUGCUUAAAAUAAUCUGUGUAAAAAGUCCAUUGACUUCCUAACACAACGCACAUUAUAAUCUGUCUUCCGGUAUACAUGCGCUUCUACUAUGUCGAUAUAAUAUUAUGAUACAUUUAUAAAAUCGACAGUGGUUAUAUAAAGAUAAAUAUAAAUAAUAAUAAUAAUACAUUGUAACUGCACUCUGCAUUUUCGUUAUAGAAUGUUUGUAACAUAAAAACAAAAACAAAAUCUAAAUUAUAAACGUGUUCAGUCGCAAUUGACAAUUUUUAAAACCACGCCCGUGUUUAGUCAAUAUAUUUGAAUUUUAAACGAAUUCAAAACUAGCCAUUCGUCAACCAGUUGUCUAGUUCUUAUCAAUUCUUUAUUUUAUAUUCGACACUAGUAUCACUUACUUUAUACUAUAAAAAGGGGCAGAUUUGAAGCUCAUUUAAAGGGAGGAUAUUUGGUAUCAUAGCCCAUAGGAAUUCCCAAGACCGUAAUUGAAAACGUUCAAACCUACAUUAACUCUUUUAAUCUCACGGUUAUGGCCACAGAUACCUAUGUACAAUUUAAUUGACAAUUUGAUAAAAGUCGUCUGCCACUGAAAUCUGUUGCUGUGUUAAAACAUAUUAUUUUGAUCUGCAGCUAAUGUUAUUGUUUCGUCCGAAUUUUCUAAAAUCUAUGCGAUAGCCUUAAAAUUCCUCGGUGCGUAAAUCCGCGUAAAUUCACAUCCAGUAGGUCAACUGCAAUUAUGUAUUAUUGUUAUUAUGUUGCAAUAUUAUAGAUUUUACGAUUAUUAUUAUUAUUUUUCUUUGCCGUUUCAGUCAUACCCGCGAUCCUUGAACGAUUAAAAAAAAAGAAAAUUAAAAUAAUAAUAAUAGUUAAUUACCAUAAAAUCAUUCGUUAUAAUAACAAUAUUAUAUAAGACGAUAACAAAAAAAAAAAAAAAAUGGAAAAUUAGAAGAUAAUAGAGUAAAAAAAAAAAAAAAAAAAUAGGUAGGUAGGUAGGUAACCUAAAAUAUAUAAAGUGAAGAUAUAGUUAUACAAAUUACAAAACCGUUUUACCAAACAAAAAAUAAAAUUACAAUUUUAAGGAUUAUUAACUAACUAAUAAACCAAAAAGAGAAUAAAAAAUAUGUCUCGUGGUAAAAAUUAAAUCUCGCUAUACUUUAUAGCUGCUUUUCUAUAAAAAGAAAUAAAAUAAUUGACAAUAUUGCAAACAUAAAAGAAUCUAUAAAUACUAACCGAAAAGAUGUAUGGUAAUGACUAAUUAAAAAGAAAAAAAAACUGAAUUUUGAAGUAUUUUUACUAAAUAAUUAUUAAAGUAGAUAGCAGAAUCACAAAACUUAAUAAUAUAACAAUAAUAAAAUACUCGCAAAUAAAAUCGAAUUUUCUCUGCAAUUUAAGUACGCGUCAAUUUUCGGAAUAUGAUUAAUAAUUCAUUUGAUCCUACACAUGUCAUCAGAACCUCGAUUCCUCUAAAUACGUGGAACGCCGAACUUAUCAUCGUUUUAAAAUUGUAUUAUUAACAUACAUAAAUAAAUUAUAUUGCAUGUUAGAAAAAUGACAAAGAAUCGCAUAAAAUGUAUACUUAUAAUGCCUAUGAGAUUACAUAUAAUGUUUGAUUAAAAAUUGAUUUUUUUUUAGAUUCUGUACGAAUAAUAAUAGUUUAUAAUAUAAUAAUUUUACUACGAUGUUUAUUCGUGUCUGAAGUAAAAAACUUUUCUACCGGAAAUUUUGCUCCGAUUAAAAACUUCAUAGGCACUUUCUUAUAGAAUUAUAUUUUUUUUUUUUUUAUAAUUCGAUCAAGCAAUAUUUUGAACAAUUUUUGAUGAUCUUUGGGUUAAUUAGACAAAAAAGUAAAAAACAACUUUUACCUGAUAUACUCAGCUCAGAAUCGUUUUUCGUCAGCAACGAUUUAUGGUUGCAUACAGACUCUAUAUAUCCUCCAUUCAAAUUUCCCUUCUAAAAAAAUGACGCAAACUCAUCAGUCUUUUAGAUUCUAAGUGCAGCGAAGGUUGUAUUGGAUUUACUGUGAAGUGCGCUUUUUUAAUAUUUUGAGUGGAGCGAUGAAUAAAACCCUUCAAAACAUUGAAGAACAAAUGAUUAAAAGUUAAAAUCUUGUACACAAAUAUAUUUAUCUUGGCCUGAUUUCACAUUAUAGAAGUUUAUAUUUACCUUUAGGACAUUAUCCUCGUUGUAGUAAUAUUAUAUUUAGGUUCAGGUCAGGUAAGCGACUAUUCUUCCCCCCACUCCCUCCGUAGUGACACUUAAAUUGGCGAGCGGAGUCAACAGGCGUAACGAUCCGUCCUCCGAAAACCACCUAGGUUUUGACGUUCAAUCGUUUGCCAUUCAUGAUUUGGCUAUUCAAGCAUUUUGAACAUUCGCGAUAUUGAAGUGAUUAAAAAUUUAAAAUGUUGAUAUUCAAUCGUUUGUUAUUCAACCGUAUACACGGCGUCCCGAGGAAUGUAUUAAAGAACGAUAAGAAAGAAUUUUUGUAGCACUUUGAAUUUUGUAGGUGCAUUAAGUUGCCAUUUUUUUAUAUUCCUUUUAGUUUUCUUAAUAAUUGGGAAAAACGGAAAGGUUAAUAACUGUUUCAUUAUUUUCAGUUUGGUUGUUUUUUUUUUUUUGUAAUUCUAUAGAAAAAAAAACAAUCGUAGAGAUCUGGUAGUUUCAUAGAAUACUUACACGUUUGUUUUUUCUAGAAGUGAUAAUAUUUUCAAAAUAUUCUGGUGAUUUUUGAGCUAUUUAUAGAUAUUUAAUAUUUGGAUCAUAAAAAUCACGAAAUUUCAAAACAUGAUUAACUAAACUUCGCUCAGAAUGGUUAUUUAUUAGCAAUGGUUUGUCGUGGUGUGCAUAUAAUAUAAAUUAUAUAGCAUUAUUUAUUCUUCCUUCCCAACCUCUCGCCUACAACAGUGGCACAUCUAUUCCCAUUAUUAGCUUUAUUUUUUUUUCAAUCUAAUAUCUAAACGCGUUGAUCUAUUAUUUAAUAUUAAUUAUAACGACAAAUACCUAAUAAAGACCAUUAUUCGAUUUGGGUACUAGGUACUGCAAUAAUUGAAAUAAUUUGAAUGUAAUAACUACGUUAUACACCGCGCGUAGUUUUCAUUCAUUAACGACUUUACCAACACGUUAAAAUUAUACUAAUUCGCACACGGAACCAUCAUCUACGAAUAUAAUAUUAAUAUUCAUUAGAUCAAUGUUUCCCCAAGAUUUGAAUCUAAUCUAAAUUAAUGUUGUUACAAAAUUGGUCGGGUUCUUUGAAUUUGAUAACAGCAGCCGGCACGCAUAUACUUAGAUAUACAAUAUAUAUAUAUAUAUAUAGUCUCUCGUCUCGUACAUCCGUGUAAUUGUUUUAGGUUCUUGUGAUGCUGCAGCACACAGCAGAAAGCGUCUUAUCUCCAAGAGCUAACAACAUUAAAGUUUAUGACCUUUUAUAAUAAGUAAUAAUAAUAAUCAUAAUAAUAAUAAUAUAAUGAAAAGCUACUAAUUAUUUCCAUUAAAAUAACGCGAGAUUUAAUUAACAAAAUAACGAACCGAAUAUAUUUUCUAAACAAAGUUUUAGUUUAAUUUUCGAGCUUUACAAAAUGUUAUUAUAUGGAAAACUAGUCGAGUGUGACGGUGCAGCGCGAGAGAGUAUUCACCUAUACUUAUGUAGUUCCGGGACAUACUAUAUAAUUGUCAAUUUAAUAUUCAAGAAUGUACAACACUAUAUUAAUAUAUAUAUUAUAUUACCUGGGCAACUCGAGUACUCAAAAGUAUAGUAAUCGUUCCUCCUAUACUCCUUCCCCUCCUCCCUCUCUACUCGUCCUCAGGACAGAUACGAGUUUUCAGGCUCCCCCUGUCCCUAUAACAUUAUACAAACCCGUAUUUUCCGUGAUUAAUAGAUCACCGCGACAAUAAAAUAUCAUUAUUAUUAUUAUUAUUAUUAUAACGGGAAGUUCGAAUAAUAAUAAUAUAACAAUCAACGGCAAUAUUGUUGAAAAAUAUAAUAUUAUUAUAAUAAUAUAAUACGACAAUGGUACAAUACCCAUAUAAUAAGAACGAUUACAAUAUUCGGAUCAUCUUAAAAACCGUUAAUCAUUUCUGUGAUGUCCUAACCCGUUUAUAAGUUUUUUUUUUGUGGAAGUUUCGUUUGAUUUAUUGUUAUUAAAAAGAAAAAAAAAUAAUAAUAAUAAACGUUUUCGUCUGUUGUACGCAUCAUCACGGACAAAUCACUAUUAUACCUGGUAUGCUCUUGUGUGCAUACGCAUUACACACCUAUAUUGAGUAAAAACCUGAUCGCGACGAAAUGAUGCUGCACAGCAGACGCGGCCAUUACAAUAAUAAUAAAAUAAUUCAUAAGCAACAUUUUUCUUCUCGAGCGUGAAGGGUUCGACGAGGGUGUAGUAGACGAUGAAUAUUAUUUUUAUUUUUUUUUUUUUCGUUCGCGUCUCGAUUAAACGAUAAGCCUCUAUAACGAUUAGCCUCGCGAUGCAGGCGGGUAACGGUGAUUGUGUUCUAAAAACAUACGAAAGCAAUAGUACAUUCGAACCGAACACCGCUAUUAUUAUUAUUGUUAUCGUAAUGGAUUAUUUAAAGAAGAGAAGAAAAAAAAAGAGCUUACGCGCAAAAAAAAAAAAAAUACCCAGGCAUUUUGUCGAACUGUUGGCUACUAUAAUAAAGAAAUAAAUACCAAACACAUUAUUGUAUAGGUGUAUAACAAUACUAUAUACGGACGAAUGAGAAAUAUGUUUUCAGAAAACGACGCGAGAACCCUAUUAUACACAUAAUAAGCACAUUUGAAUAUUUCCCGGCGGAUCAAAUAUCAAUCAAACCUAUACCUAGGUGUAUAGUAUACAAAAUGUCCUUAAUAAUUGUUUAUUGUUUAUCAAUAAUACCGUAUACGAUGGUUAAUUUUCUCAAUGUUAAUUUGCGUUAAUAUUAUAACGUUUAUAACGAACAAGUGAAAAAAGACGUCCUAGGAUAAUGGGGACGGGUGCAGCCACUGUUAUAGGUAAUUUGAUGUAUAAAUGUAAGCAACGAUUUAAACCAUUGCUUACGAAAACACGAUUCUUAGCGGAGUUCAGUUGAUAGGGAUGCUUUGUGAACAAUAUAUAUGCUACAUAGUAAAAUAAUUAAAUAGGCUCUAUAUAUUUUGUUUAAUAAUAUUUAUUUAAUGUUGCACCGAUUUUCCCUGUUUUCCCAGUUUUUCACAUUUACUGAAUAAACUCAGGGAAAAAUGGGAAAUCGACUUUUUUAAAGUACUUCGCCAGUGAAGUUUUCUUUCAAAAACAUUGCUAUCAUUAAAAUUUAGAGCGAAAUUGCUGGUAGAAAAGUUGUCUACAGAAAAAAAAAAUAAAUAUCUUUGUAAAACCGUAAGCUUUUGUGCUCCACUCAGAAUCUAAAAUGCCGAAAAUACCUACGUACUUCGCGCUAUGUGUAAACCACCGUCGUUGGUGGAAAGUUCGGAAGGUAUUUAGAACGAUAUUUCGUAUGUACACUACACUGAAAGCAAUGAUAAAUCAUUGUACGAAAACAAUUCUGAGCUCCGCUCAGUAAACCAAUAACAUUAUGUAGUAUUCGUUUUUCUCCCCUUGUAGCCAUCACGGUAACCUAAAAAUCAACAAAAAUAAAUGUAUCAACAUUUGUUUUGGUUAUUUUUAUUUUUUAAAAAAAACUGUCGGUAAACAUUUUGUUGUUAAUUUUUUAAUAAAUUAAUAUUACGAGAAAAGUACAAUGCAUGAAAAAAACUAAGCAUUUUUUUUAACCAGUAACGUUUUAGUAAAAUGAAUACAACUAAACUUAUGCUAUUGCUAAACUUAUAAUCUAAAUCACUAAUUUAUAUAUAUAUAUUUUAUUUAUUUGUUUAUUUACUAGUAUUACUAUAUUUGUCGUCAGAAUAAUUGUUUUUUUUUUUUUGUAUAUUGUGGAAUUGUAUCACUUAUUUGUUGGUAAAAAAUCAACAAUAUUAUUAAAAACUUUAAUACUAUGUAGAACGUUAUAAAUUAUGGACGGUUAAAGUUAUUUGUUUUUAAUAUUACCGAAUGACAUUUUUAACGUUUUUAAAGAAAUACAUAUUAUAUUUUCGAAAAAUUCGAAUUACGUUUCUGAACCCAUAUAGGAAAUACGCAUAAUAUUUCAUUCGCUGACGUAAAGAGACGAAGUUUAAAUGGUAUUCACUAUCGUAUAAUCAUUUUAUCGCAAGAUCCUGAUGUGGAGAAGUUAUAAAAUUAGUCUCUGGAACUUUAAACGAAAUUCACUCCCUCGAUUCGACCGAGGCCCAUGUUGUUAUUAUUUUCUCUAUUUGAUUUUCGUACGAUAUCAAAUACGACUUGAUAAAACCGGUGUCAUUUACCGAAACUCGAUUUAUGCGAUACGGUCAAAUAAUAUGUUUCGUAUUUACUAUACACAAUCUAAAUAAAAUAAACUCCGAGGACGUAGCGAUAUAUCACAAAUAAAAAGUGAAAAUUACACACAGCAUCUUACACCUUCUAAUUUCCGCCACUUUUAUUUUUUAACUAUUUAUUUCUUAAUCAUUUUUUAACGCUUUAACGCACUAUGACUUAACGUACAUUUGUUUUUUUUUUUUUGUUCGUAGUUGUUGAUCUUCCGGGAACAGGAUUCCGCGUUACUGUCGUCCGUCCGGGACCUGACGCUAGCCAGUUGCGGAUUCGUGUCACUGCCAUCGUCCGGUCUAUCUGAGUGCACAGCGCUCACUCGGGUUGCGGUGCGUGACAUGAAGUUGUUCCACUACACUGCUGGCCUUUUCCCGGCCCUGGAGAGUCUGUCCGUCGAAGACGUUGGUGAACUGGUACUCGACGGCUUCGGGCCGGCUAACCGGACGCUCCGGCACCUGACACUCCGCCGAACCAACGUUAACCGGCUGGUCAAAGGCACGGUGACCGCGGUCGCGCCUUUGCGCCGCGUCCUAUUCGACCAAGUUAACGUAGAUGAGAUUGAGUCCGGUGCCUUAGAAAUGGUGUUUGUAGGAGACGGCGAUAACGUGCAGGCGGCCGCCGCUGACGGGUUUACAAUCGUCGAUUCUUUGGUAAUUAUAUAAUAUUAAACUGGAAAACGAUAUUUUGUACAGAAUGUUGGGUGGAUUGUUGGGCAGUAACCAAAACAAUAGAUCAGAAAAUAGUAUAGGAAAGGCGGAGACGUACGGAAACGGGUUGAUGGAUGUAUGACACAAUAAGAAAUGCGCCUUUAAGGGGUAGCACGGACGUUAUUUAAAUAUUUAGUAUUGAUAAGAUCAUAAGAGAGAGUACACUGAGAUGGUUUGGUAUGUGUAUUUGAUGAAAAGAGAAAGGAGUCAGAAGCUGUAAAAGUUAUUUUAUGAAUGAAUGUGGAUAAAAUGAGGUAAAAAAUGAAUACCUAAAAGGAGUUGGUUAACACUAUUGCAAAGGGUGAUAUAUGAGUUACUUACAAGAAUAGACUCUUGCAUCUUUGAUUAUUUGACCUAUAUAACACGUUCUUGAUCUACCUCUUCCGCGUUCCCCUUCUAUCAUACCUUCCAGUAUGAUACUACGGAGUUCUCCAUUGUGUCAUAGCACAUGACCUAUCAUAUGCCAUCUUCUUAAUCUUAAAUUACUUAGCAAGGUUUUUUUUUUUUUGACUAAGUUUAACAUUUGUUCAUUUGUACUUCAUUUCUGUCAAUUUUAUAUUUUUCAUUUUUCGCCAACACCACAUUUUCUAAAACUUUUAGAGUGGUUUCAUCAUACAUACGUUUCAAUAAAACGUUUUUUUUUUUUUCUUAGAUCUACAUUUUUUGAUGUUACUAUUUACUCCAAGUAGGAUUGCUCUUUUUGCUUACCCUAUUUUACUUUUUACUUCCUUUUAUAAUCUUCCAUUAUUGCUUAUUAUGCUUCCCAAAUAUUUAAAUUGAUUUAUUUGCUCUAUUCUGUUUUUUUUAAGGGAUAUAUUAAUAUUUGGUUCAUUUUAUUUAUUACAUACUAUUACUUUUGUUUUUACUGCAUUUAUAUUUAAUUUGAAUGUUAAACAUAUGUCAUCCAUUUCAAUAAGUUCUGUUUGUAGACUGCUUGUAAUAUAGGACUAUAAGACGAAUAUUGAGUUUACCAGGAAAUAAUGAGAGAUAACAUCUUUAAAUGGUACGGGUAAGUAUUUUGAGUGUUUGGUAAGAGAAACUAUAAUAAAGAGAAGAGGCAGGUUUAAGAAUCAAUGGCUAGAGAGAGGGAUAAUGGUAUAUGGAUUAGACUAGACGGUGGAAUGGUGAUGGAUAACUGAGAAUUAGAGUAGCUGACCUCACUGGGCAAGAGAAAGAAGAUACUUGUCUAGUUGAAUAAAUAAGUCUUAUUUUUUUCGGAUUGUAACGAGAAGAGAUCAAUCGACUUUUAUUUACUUUUUUCAAAGAUAUAUUCUUAACCGGUCCAAUUGAUCCAAUAGUUGUUAAUAAAAUAAACAAAAAUAAAUUAGAAAAAUAAAUAAUAAAUUCGAUUUUAACGCAGUUCUAAUUAUGUUAAUGGCACCAACCUUGUGCGAUAUAUUUACUUUGACGAUUUACAAAAAUUAAGAACUAAAAGUUAUUUCGUUAACAUAUACAGUUAUUUAUUUUGUAUUUUGAUCUAAUUUUCUCGUAAAAAGGCGUAAACGUUUAACAUUUUAAUAUCGUUUUAAAAUUCGUAAAAUAAUAAUAAUAACAAAAUGCACACAAAUAUCUCGAAAGAGAGUUUUGACAGCGGGUAAAACAUAUUUAACAAAUCGAGUUUUAUAGUGAGUUAUUAAUAUUUUAACAGAAUAGAAUAAUUUUUCGAGAAGAAAAAUAAUAAUGAGAAAAUCUAUUAUACGUUUUUCAUGUACCCACCUCUCAAAUACGGCAUUUAUAAAUAUAUUAUAAUAAAAAUCGUUAUUAAACAAAUAUUUAAAUUUUACCAUCAAUAUUGGUAUAAUACGAAACUUGAUUUAUUCAAAUUUAUUGUCGAGGUGGGUAAACAGUUUAUUAUCUCAUAUCCAUCAAAAAAUAAAAUGUAUAUUUAAUUAGAUAUACACUUAUAAUAUUGUAAUAACGUGUAAUAAAUCUAUACAUAUAAAUAAUAUUUUUUCAUUUCACCGGUGAUGAUUCUAUAAGUUAUAUUCUUUAGAGUACGUAGGCUUUUAGAAAAAGUACCGUCGAAAGCUCUUCAAAGUUUUCUAGCAGGAAAAAAAUUAUGAUUUGGACUAUAGCUAUAAAUAAUAAUAGUAUAUAUAACGUAUAAAUUUUUACGUUGGAUUACUGUCAGCGUUGAGAAGAAGAUAGAACGGCUACAAUAAUAAUAGUUCUCUCAACUGUGAUCGAUGCAAGUUUGCUAACCUGAAUAUAAUAUGUCGUACCAAUUAUCGUAAUUUAAUUGUUAUUUAUAUGACGUAUAGAAAACAAAUCGAGGAUGAUAAUCAAUUUUUUAGACAUCUGUUGAUAGUUCGUUAAUAAAAUUGUGAUUUAAAUUAUUUACGAAAUCAUUUGGAUAUUAGAACGCUAUUCGUUAUCGCCCGGUAUUUAAAAGUUAUUUAAGGAAGAUGGUUAACAGAAAACAGAAAAUCAAUACGAAACAUUAUAUUUUCAAUAGUAAUAUUUACUGAUCGGAAGAGUAUAAUAUUAUUAACUGUGCUCAUAUAUUAUUAUAGUUGAGUGUUAUUUUUUUUUUUUUAACUAUAAUUUUUAAUUAAAAUAAUACAUUUACGAAAAUAUAAUAUAAUAUAUUAAUAUAUAAUUUAGUAAUUAAUUAUAUGGGUGUAACGCACAGCGCGCAUACAUGUUUUGAAAUGUGUUUUUUUUUCUACUCACUUUGGAAACUUUGAAAGUUUCCAAACAUUAAAUGCAGGGUUUUGCGUGAUUUAUUAAUGUUCGAAAGGCGAGAAAUACCUUUUCAAACUGGUGUUUUGUAAAUUGAAUUUCUAUGGUUUAUUGAUUUUAUGACGAACGUUAUUGCGCGGCGAAAACCGUUUUCGAAACAAAUAUUCAAUCGUUUUGGAUGCUAUAAUUUAUUUGCGUUCUCUAAUAAUAAAUAUUAAUUAGAACAAAAUGCAAUGAGCGUUAAAAAAAAAAUACAUUAAAAUCAAAAUGAGUUUUACAAUUUUAAAACAACACAAAAUAUACCGGCGAACAAAACUUUAACGAUAAAAACAAAAUACAGAACUGAAAUUAAUAAAUAUUAUAAUAUUAUGAUUAGCGGUGAACCGACGACGAAAACUUUUUCCGAUAUUCCAGUAUUUGUUACCGGUAUAUCGGUUUAUCGAUUUUACGCGUAACCAUCAUAGCACGAUAUACGUCUCUAAUAAUAUUAAUAUACCUACACGUUAUUUUAGAUUUUUCCCCCCGUCGAAGUCUAUGUGCUAGAAAUAUUUUCUCCGAAAACAUCGGAUCAAAUAUCGAUAUUGAAAAUAAUCGUGAUAUCCGUAUAAUCCAAUAUCCGAUAUGCCGAUACUCUAAUCACGAUGUAUAUUUAUACAUUAUAUUCGUCAUCAUUGCACAUAUUAUGCGUCCGAUACAAUAUCUAAAUCAUUAUAAUUAUCAAUAUACGUAUUCUAGUGGCGUAUUUAUUGUUUUUUUUUUUUUUUUUUACAGGUAUCUAUCCGAUGGUAUUUAUAAUAAUAUGUAAAAAAAAAAAUUAUCGCUUCUCUCUAUUACCUUUCAGGUAUUUAAUUUCGAUUUUUUUUAAAAUCUAAAGUUUUAUGAUGCAGCUUCAUUGGCCCCUAUAAAUACGCCACAUAAUGGUAAUUUGCUUUUAUUUACAACUAUAGGUAAUACAUAUUUUUACAGUACAUUCGUAUUAAAGUAAAAACGUGGUAAAAUUCAAAUUUUCGAACUUGGGCGUGUAGAACCGCCGAAUUUCGCAGUAUUCUACAAGUGUAAUAAUACAAGUAUUCUACAGUGAUUUUAAACGGUUUGAAAAGUCACGGUUUAAACGAUAAAAAUAUACCCACAUAGCCCUAUACGGCUAUAUAUGACUAACUAAAUAGGCAUGUGGGCUAAAAUUUUAUUUUCGCUAUCAAUGUGCAUAUUCCCCGAACGUGGAAAAAAAAAUCCAUUCUUUGAACGCUUCUAAUUGGACAUUUCCUGCGUCACGAUAUCUGGACACAUUGUUGUAGAAAUGUAUGUAUUUUAGUGUUUAUUUCAAGUCUGGGGUCAUUAUGUCCGAAGUGUUUUCUGGCUGACACGCCUAUACCUAUUUAGCCAUAGUCCUACUUUGGGUUUUGUUUCCUUCAAACUGCCGACCUUAUCAGAUUUCAUUUUUAAAUUGUCAUUCUCGUACAAAACAAGCGAGACCCCUUUGUGAAAUUGGAAUUUGGAAAUAAUUAUACCCGCUCACUUUAUAUUAUAACAGCGGUGCAGAUGUUGGAAUAUUGUUGAUCAAAAAUUAUUGUUUGUCUCGAUUGUUAUCCGGAAAUUUGUCGAAAAAUUGAAACAGAAUAUAAACUGAAUCAUAUGAACGAAUCGAAGAAGAAUUCGUAGAAACGAAUCAUAUACAAUUUAGUUAUUCAAAUAUGGUGGUUUUUUUUUUUUUUUAAAUCGACGGUUUUUUUGUAUAAAAAAUAUACAGAAGUUUUUGAUACGUGAUUGAAUCACAAGCAAGCUGAAUUUAAUAAUUUCGGACGUAUAUUUUGACACGAGCAAUCAAAAGAAUCUUUGAAAAAAACGCCAUGUGACUGUAUUGAUUUGUUUGUACGUCACUCGUAUAUUUAUUUUACGAGUUUUCAUUUUAAAUGUCUUACGAGUAAUGAGUAUUGCAGGAUUCGUUUAAAUUUAAUUAAAUAAAAUCGCGGGAAUACAAACGUGAAACUACACUUGUAAUACAAUUGUAAUCUUAAUAUAUUUACAAUAUUUCAGUUUUUGCAAAGUGAUCAAUACAUUUAACAAGUUCGAAAAAUGACCUAUUUUCUCGUCAACAAAGUACCGUCUUCAGUCACGUAUAUAUGCUAUAUAUUUGUUGGGUGAAACUUUUUAAUAAUUUUUACUACCCUCCACGAAAAAUAAAAAAAAUAAAUAAUUACAUCAACAUUGUAAAACUCAUUGAACUCAAAUGACACAGUCUUGACGUUUAUAAUGUCAAGUCGUCUAAUCUACGAAAUAUCGCCAAAAAAUGAGAAUAAUUAUUGCGGUAUAUAUAAUAAUAACUAAUACAUUUCGUCUGGUGAAUAUUUCGUAACAUUUUUACAAAAUGUCAUUAAUAAUACGUAUACUUACCUAGGUAUUUAUAAUAAAAGUAUUUAUCACGAGAAUAUUUUCUUCUCCAAAUACAUAAUACACUGAUACAAAGAUCAACUAUAAAAUAUUAUGUUUUAUCAAGUGUGACAAUAAUUUGGGGGGAGGAUGGAAUUGAGAAAAAAAAAAGAAAUUAUAAAUAUUCGGUGCAUAAAUAAUAUAUUAAACAACAUUUUGUUGUAUUAUGAGACGAUUUUAGAACAAAUACUGUAAGAAUAAUACACUUUAAUAUUACUUAUACGAUAAAUAUUUAAACCUCUAGAUGUCGAACUUGACGCCUAAGUAUAAUGGUUACAAUAUGUAUAAGCUAAGAAGACCCAGUAUUACCAAAAACAAAAAAACAAAACAAAACGAUAACAUAUUAUUAACACGUAACAUUUAAAUAAUACGGCUUAUAAAUUUAAAAAAAAAAACUGUUUUUUAUUCGGAUUUUCUAUAGUCGUUAUUUUUUUUAUACCUCCGUUGGGAAAUACGUUAUAAUAUUUCUGAACUUAAGUAUAGGUAUAAUAAUAUAAUAUUUCAACGUGAAGUUUUCAACGGAUGAUAUUAUAGUUCACGAAAGAUACGUGCGUAAAGUCGACGAACAAAAUAAUCUUAAAUAGAAUCCAAAAUUUAAAAAGUUUUUUCUUCUAUUUUUUUUUUUGUUGCCCUUAUUAAAUUGAUUGUCUAACUUUAAGUACUCGUUUUCUUCGGAAUCAUUUAAUAAGAACUAUAUUAAAAACAAAAUAGUAAGUAGAAAAUUAAUGGAUAACAACGUUCUAAAAAAAAAAAAAAAUUAUAUAAUAAAUUUACAUUGUUUUAAAUUUCAAUACUUUGUUAUAUUCGUGGAUAGGUAGUAUGUGUAUGAAAUGUACACUCGAAUUAAAGAAAUAUGUAUUUUGAAUAUACAAAAAACUUACAAAGCAUUGUGUAAAAAAGUAAAAAUUUGUUCGUUGAGUUGUACAGUGUUUAUGGUUUUUAUUUGCGUUUUAGUGUGUAUAGUAUAAAACAAUAUUGAAAACUCGUUUGAUUUCGGACGAAUUCGGCUUAACUGUUGCAGUCGAAAGGACUGGAUUUAUUGUGAUGUGCAUGGUAUACAAAUGUUUCCAAAAAUGAUAAAACAAACUAAACAAAUAGAAAACAACAUUAUUACUUAUAUAGGAUUCUGAGUGUAGUGAAGAGGCUAAUAAUUUUACUAAAAUGUGUGUGUGUGUUUUAUCCUCGGAAAAUGCUUUUUCGGUUAGUGAAAAUGCUUUUACAUGUUCAUGAAGUACCUUAAAAAGCGUGAAACAUCAGAUUUGUGGUACUUUAAACGAAUUAUGUAUCAACAUUUUCAGCAGACCCUCUAGGUCUUUUGGUUGGAUUUUUGAUUUUUGUUGAUUUCUGCAGUGUUUCCAUGGUGACAAGUAAAAAACCACGACCAAUUUAUACUACUCCACUCAAAAUUUUUUUUCGUUUGUCAUAAUUUAUCGUUGUGUACGGUAUAUAAACUAAAUUACUCUGUAUAUUAUUUUAUCUCCCUAACUACCCAUCUACAACAGUGGCUCGCGCGUAAGCAAAACUGCGUUAUUUUUUUCCAAUAUAUUGCUCGUUUAUUUUAGGAAACUUUGUACCCGCGUUACUGUACCUAACAGUUUUUUUUUUUACCGCGACUUUCGAUUUUUCAAUAAUACAAUAAAACGAUACUAUAUCAUUAUUUUUAUUGAUAUUAUUCACGUGAAAUAGGUCACGUCGCUGGACAAUCUAUUGUUUAGACGGCGGUACCUUACCUAUACCCAGGUACACGUGUGCGACAAACACUCUGUUUUUCACUUUAUUUUUCACUUUAAUACACUGUAGACAGCAGUAGUAUACGGAUACUGUUGUAAUUGUACUACGACGAAGAGGUCAACGAAUUUACAAAAAAAAAAAAAAAAAAAAAAAAAAAAUAGAACACUAUCGAAUGACAGAUUUUUACUGCAACGACCGAGUACCUGUUGUAUGAUAUGUACAUAUAUAUGUUAUAUAAUUUUAAUUACCGCGCAAUUUACGCGCGUGACGCUCGACUUUUUACGGGUAGAUAUACUAUUGUUUUUUUUUUUUUUUUUUUUUUUUUUUUUUUAUUUUUAAUGCCAACGGUCCGUGUAUAGAUGAUGUUAUUUUUUAAUUUAGUAGCCGGGUAUCGCAUCAUCGUAAUAAUAUACUCGUACCGUGUAUUAAUAUUAUUGUGUAGGUAAUAUACAGACGACGAGGUUUAUAUGAUAAUAUUGAUAGGUCAAUGUGAACGGAGCGUACCGACCCGUAAAAGAGCAAUUGUAUAUUGUUUUCUAAAAAUAUAAAAAAUGAUUAAAAAAAAAAACAAAUUCAAAAAGCCCGCGAUGUAAUCAUAGAACAGUACACUAAGCGGAGCUUAGAGUGUACUGUUUCUUUUUUUUUUUUUUGUUUAGCUGUAUUUAUUCGAGUGAUGUGUAGUACUUAUUUCUCAUUGUUUUUCGUGCAUAUUUUACACGGGUUUUCCACGUCUCGUUGACAAAAAAAAAGAAUUACCUCACCAAUGCACCCACACGACUACACUUAAUAUGCGAUUUUAUUACCAAUAAAUUGUCGGCCACGCUCAGAUAAUGUAAAUCAAAAAACAAAAUCAAUUCAAUCGCAAUAUGUCCGGUAUUAUCAUAUGUUACUCGCGAAUUAGCAAACAAUUAAUAUCACUGUUCCGCGGUGUUUUUAUAUUGAAAAAAGACCCUAUCGCGACGUGAACAUAAUAAUAUGCGAGUACCUGCGCGUUUGUUUCUGCGUCAGCGGGUCCUUUAGGACUCGGCUAUAAUAUGCAUUAUAUACGCAUGCGUGAGAGCAUAUAGGUGCCUACCGACAAACUUAUACGACUAUGACGUACAAAGAUGAAAGAAAAUAAUUUUAUUAUUACUACCGGAGUAAAACGGCAAUAUUAUUAUUUUAUAUUCAAUGUAUAUCAAAGGAAAUAAACUCCCUAAACAAACUUUUAAUACUUUUAAUAGUUUUCCAGUAUAUUGUUGGAUUUCGUUUUUAUAUCUGUAUACGCGAGAUAUUAUAUUAUAUUUAGUCGAAUAAAAUCGUUUUAUUAAUAAUACAUUAUACUGUAGAACGUCUCCGUUCGUGUAACUUACUUCGUACGUACAAUAUUUUACUGAUUUGAAUACGAUGGUUUUGAAAUCUUCUUUUUAAAAUGUAUUUUCCCUUUGCGUGCCUCUUGAACGACCACCGUCGUUAUAACAUUUUAUAAUUUUCUAUUUUUUUCCCCUAACGAUACCCUUAGCUUCUGUUUUUCUAGCUUAACAGCUCUUCAAGAACCUUAGUUGCCGACACAACUUCCCUCCAUCAGCUGUCUAUACAUCUCUAAUACAUUAUUCACAAUCAUCAUUUCCCAUUUUCUCCGCGUUUUCUUUAGUUUCUUCCAACCAACGCCUUCUGGGUCUCUCCUCUAGACUUUUAUCUGUAUAGAAUAUCUUUUGAUUAGUUUUACUUAAAUCGCACAGUAAUCAGAUAGUUUUGAAAUAAUAUAUAAAAAAAAAAUUGUGACUGCUAAAUUAUUCUUAAUCGUUAUUUUUUGUUUGCUUAUUUAAUUGAAAUUUUGUUAAAUAUAUUUAAUUAGUCUAAUAAUUAGUUUAAAGUGCUUAAACAGUGUAAUAUUUGGUAUAAUAUUGAAAUUAGCUCAAUACUUUUUAGUUUUACAUAAAAUCUCUCAUUUUUUGCCUUCUAUUUUAGUUAGAUGCACUUUUACUUAGGUGAUGAUAUUUCAUAUAAGUUUACUUUGGCACAGCUAUCACAUACUGUAAAUUCAAAAUUUAUUAAUCCGUGACUGAAUUCGUUUUAAUGUUGUGGAAUAAAACAUUAAAAAAACAUGUACGCAAUAUCGUAUACUGUUUCAUUUAUAAAUAUAGAACUGUUCAUUCUGGGUGAAAUUACUAUGUACAACAAUAUAUAUUAUGUAAGUCGUACAUCGUACAUCUUUUGAAUUAUAACUAUUUUUCAUUUCUACUUCUUAUACUAUAUACUUGAAUCGAAAUAUGAAUGUCAUUGAUUUGUGGUGCUGAUUUAAGAAGAAACCAUAAGAAUAAAAAAACUGAGUAUAAUUUUCACAAUUCAUCUAAAUAUGAUCGUAUCGAACAUAAUUUUAGUUUACACAAAUAAUAAGUAUUAUAGUUAUAUAAAAUAAAAAAAUUAUUAGAUCAGAUGGUUCUUUAAAUAUUAUAUAAUAUGUGUGUAUAUGUAUACACUAUAAAGACUUAAAAAUUAUUUUAAUUUGACCGUUAUCGAAGGUCACAAACCAGGAACGGCGGCAUUUGAUAUCUAAGUUAGAAAAAAAAAAAAAUGUUUUAAUCAAAACGAAUACGAGUACAUCAUAGAAUUUACCGUUUACUAGAUCAUUUUACUUAAGAAAAAAAAUAAAAAUAUUAUCGACAUCAGAUGUGGAAAAAAAAAAUGAAUAACACAACAAAUUGCCAUAGUUUAUUAUAUUAUAACAAUAAAAAUACGUCCAGUAGUGUAUUUAGGCCUUUCUCACUAGAGGGGGGAAAACUAUAUUUUCACCCACUUUUAAAAUAAACAAUUUUUUAAAAAAAAGUAACGUCACAGCUACAUCAAUUUUAAUCAUAAGCGCGGGAAUUGGGCUCUUUUAUACUUGUAAAGUAUACAAUUUUAAUACAUGAAAUAAGACGUUUGUAUUUAAUUAAAUAUAAUAAUAUAGUGCAUGUUAUAAAUGUACAAUACAAAGUAUAAUACCCGGUUUUUCAUAGAAGAUAAUCGUUUAAUGAUACCAUCCACUGGUAUACUUAUUUCCAGGAAAAUGUGCAACAGUGCAAUCCCGCAUAAGCGAUCCUGGCAGUUUUAUUUUGUUAAUAGAACUAGAGACAACGAUCGAACCACGAAUUAAAAUAUACUGGACACCCACAGAUCAAUAUAAACAACUAUUUUUCUGAAACCCAAAUUUACUUACCAAAACAGCUUGUUAUUAUAUUAGAGGCGACUUUUACAAGAUAAUUUACCGCCAAAUCUGUAAAUUCCACGAAUUAAAUUAAUUACUGGUUGGUAAUUUAAAUUUGUGUUAGUUAUACAACUGUUGUAAAUUUCCUAUUUUUUCAUUACUGGGAUCUGGACGAUACUCUGAUCAUGAUUAUGCUAACUCUACAGUUUUUUACUGUUGUGUCGUUUAUUUUAUCGCUGAAUAAAUUAUUUUAUGAAUUAGUUUAUAACGUUAAAUCACACUUUUCUUUAGGUACCUUAUUUACAUACUUCAAAUAGGUGCAUUGCUAUAAACGAUUGGUAAAAAGUACUAAGUGCCAGUUAUGUAUUGUAAGUAUAAAAAUUUAAAUACUUCAACUAUAAGCAGUGAAGCUGAUUUACUUAAUAAUAAAACUAGAGGACAUCUAACCAACCCAGAACGUAAUUUUUACUUAAUUCUAAAACAUUUAGAAACAUGUCUUUUAAAAUAUGCCACUUUGUGUGAAGAUACAUAUAAUGAAUGUUUUAGUAUGAAUUGUAGUAUGGUUUGAAAUUUCCUUGUUAGAAAAUUAAACUAAUAUAUUAACAAAUAUUUUUUUAUUUUAUAUUAUAAUUACGAGAAUGAGACAAUAUUCUUACUUGAUGAAUCAAAAUACAAAAAAAUUAUCCAAAUUGGUUAAACUUGAAUUUUUGGCUAAUUUAAUUAGUAUAGUAUAUUCUUAUCGAUAAAUAUUUUAAAAUAUUUGUAUUUAAUUUUGUAUUGCCUAUAUUAAGUGCUUAUGCACAAUUAUACCUAUGUAUUAAGUAAUAAAAAAAGUAUUAAUAUUAAUUAAAUAAUAAAAUUUACAUUUCUCUAUUAAUAUUUACUACUUACUUAUCAAUUUUUCAAUUUUUUUUUCUGUCAUGGUAGAAUAUUUUAGUAUAAUAAAUAUUAAUUAUUAAAUUGCUGGUUACAGUAAUGAGCAAAUAUUUUAAUGCUUCAAAAAUAUCAUAACGUUAUAUUACAAUAUUAUACAUAUUUUAAAAGUCAAUCCAUUAGUAUAUAUUCAAUUUACUUGGCGCGUUAGUAUACAUUUAUACUUCGAAAUUUGGUUUAGGAGCUCUUUAUCACGUAUCGUUAAGUAUCCGGAAUAUUUUAAUUCGUGGGUCGAUCAACCAAAGCGAAGUGAGAACACUAGAAACCUUGACCCAGUUCGACCUGGUCGAUAGCAAAAAUAUUUUAAUAUCUAUCGAUUUGACCAUGUUAUCAUAUUAUUAAAUAUUUCAUUCAAUACAAUAUUGUAAAAACAUUAAAAACAAAUAAAAAUGUACACGUAUAAUUAUAUGGACCACGGGACGAGGGGUGAAUGCUCCUUUCGUUCCUUCCACCACAGAUAUGUCACUGCAAACGUCACUAACAAGUUCCUGAUUUUUAAACAUAGGUAAUUGAGAAUAUUACACUGCAUAAGAUUAACGCGAGAAACCGCGAUGGUUAACAAUACAAAUAUGUUAUAACCUACCGCCUUAUCAAGUUAAAUACACGCAUAUAUUGAUAUUAAAAAAUUGUUAGAAACCGACAAAUACGUAUAGAUUAUAGACGUAAACGAUUUUCGCCUGAUAAAGUUUCUAAAUAUACCUACCUAUACGUAUAACAGUGCCAAAACUACAGUAUGGCCCCAGUGUAAACAAAUUUUAGAUUCUUCGCGUCGGGCAUAUGGUCAAAUAGGGAGAAGAGGUUGCUUGGGGAUGCUUAGCCUCCCCUUCUAUUAAAAACUUUGUUAAGCCCCUCCUAAUCAAAUGCUUAUCUGGUAAAUACUAAGUUAAGUAAUCAAUACUAUGAGAUGUGAAUGUAUAGGAUGCAAGUUCCUCCAUAAAAGUAUAUCGGCUAUUUGCGUCUAUGACGCUAGAACUUCAAUGCUUAAUUAUAUGAGGCACACAAUUAAUAUGAUACCUGCGAAAGUUGCGGCACUGUUAUACAGGAAAUUUACGAUGAACAAUUGGCUGUAUAAAUAUUUAAUUAAUUGAAUGUCAAUAAACAUUACUGCGAUAUCAAAGGUUCUAGAAGUUUAUAGUUAAGUUUACAUUUCUGUCAAAAACAGGUUAUAUCUAUAACCGCUCGGUGCAAUUUUCCAUUUCAUGAAAUUACUAUUUACAUUUUCUUUUUUACACUUUUUUGUGAUUUUUCUGUCAAACUGUACUAAAGAGGAUAACUUUUUAUGAAACAAUCGUAGUUAAGGUUCUUACGUUACUAACAUCAAUUUUUAGAUUCUGAGUAGAACGAGGAACGUAUUGAUUUUACAACGAUGUUUAUUUUUUUUUCUUAUGUGAAUACUUUUUUUACUAGAAAGCUUACUCCGAUUUUUAUGUAUAUUUGUUUAACAUUAAUAAUAUUAUUUGGUAAUUGAGUAAUAUUAUGCCUAAACUAAAAAAUUUGACUAGCUGGGUGGAUGGGCAACAAGAUAUUUUUAUUUUCGACACCCUUGUAAAAAAUAUAUUGUGCGCCACCAGCUGCACCCACGUGCGAAGUAUGUCCGUCCUUUCUUUUUUAUUUUAUUAUCAUUUAACAACUAUAAAUGCAUUUAACAAGAUAUACCACUAAUAUUAUAAUUUUUGUUUCCUUUUUUUUUUUUUUAUAUUAAGUAUAUUUCAUUUAAUUACUUAAAAUAUGAAUUGCCUUGAACAUCAUCGAUUUUAAAAUUAAAAAAUUACGAUUUAUUUUAUUUUAUUUUGAUUUUUCAUUUAUUACCGAACAACAAAACGGAAAUAAAUUCUAGAAAAGGUCAACGGCUGUGUGACAAAAUUAAAAUAUUUUAAGUUACUAUGUAUGAACUAAUAUAAUAAUCAACCGAAAACAAAAUUAUACGGUAUAAUAUCUAUUUUAUUUCACCAAAUUAGUGAAAAGAAAAAUAAUACGACCGCAAAUUUAUGGUACAGGUCCAUAUCACGAAAAAGUAACGUUUUUUACACUUGACAAAAUUCGUAAACAUUUCACCAAGAGCAAAAAAUUAGUUUCGAUUUAGUACGGUAUAAUAAUAUGUAAUUGAUGAAUUUUCGUAAAAUUAUCGGAACUAUUUCACCGAGUGGAUGCGAUUUUCAAUACAAAUUUACCAUUUUAAUUUAAACGUUGUACGCGAGGACUUGCUACAUACUUACAGUGUUUUGCCUAUAAUAAUCAAUACUAUAUUAUGUCAAUCUGCCGAGUGUGAAACACAGAGUACCUAUAUAUUAAUGUGAUUUAAAAUAAUAUCGAAAUUGUCGGUUUCGAGAUUAUUAAAGUGGUAUUUAUUUAUAAUUAUAUUUGUUCAUAGUUAUAUUUGUUUAUUUAUAUUUGUUUAUCGUGGAAACGUCCGUGUAAAAAAAAAAAAAAAAAAAAAACCAACCUAAUAUUAUUGCAUCGAUACCGUAUUUUACUAUAGUGUCGGGUUAUCACAAAACGGUGACGCUCACAACAAUAAUAUUUCCGCUUUUAAUGGGUCGUGACUUUGUGUCGAGUUCGUCCGCCAGUCGUGACUUUAAUUAUCACGGUCAACUCUGCAAUACCGGUAUCUGUACGUUUUACAAUAAUAUUUCCACGUUGAUUGUUUCGUACAAAAUUUACCGAAAUGUUUAAAAACAAUAUAAUAUUCUAAUAUAAACUAUAAAGACAAGAGGUUUUUUUUUUUUUUGUUUGUUUUUCGAUAAAUUCCAACCAAAGAAACUCUCGUUAGAUUUAUCCGUCUCGUCACUAUUUUUUUCUUUCCCUAUAAUAAUAGCCCUACUUAGGUAGAUACGUAAAAAUAAAACGUUUUAUCGUCGUCGUGACCAGCUGUAGCACCCGUCGUCGGUGACGUUCCGUUGUGCAUAUUAUCCUCUCGGGGUUUCAAUUGAUAACAUCAAGAGACAAACAAAUAAAUUAAGUGUCGUGUAUUGCAUUAUGUAUAUAAUAUAAACAUUAGGUACCUGUACGUUUUUAUUGGUGUACAUUUUUUUUUUUUUUUUUAUAUAUAUAUAUAUCUAUAUAAACUGUUACCACGGAACUCGUUAUACCUAUAUCAGACGAAUUAUUGUGUUGCAUUCCUCUCCGCGUCAUUGUUUCGGGCUAUGGCCGACUGUUAUAUAGCUGUAAAAAUAUUUAAAAUAUCUCCGGCGUUCUGUAUAGCCGCGAUCGGGCUGACGUAACUCUAUAAGAGCGAUUAUUUGUACGGUGUAGUCUAUACACGGUAACAACCCUCAGUCGCGCUGCCUAUUGUGAUCAUGACUCCGUGACCCCGUGGUCGAAACGUUUAUAUUCGAAAUUUUUUUUCCGUAACGAAUUUGUCGAUAACUUGUACGCGAUUCAAGUUCUGUCGUAUUGUUAACAACAAUACGCGUAAGAAACGACUCGAAAAACGUAUGUGGAUAAUAUGCGUCAGCGAACAGUGGUUUUCACAACCACCGGGAGCACUCUCAUUUUAUGGUACCGAAUUUCGACACGGAAGUUGCCUAUCUGUUAUGUUAUUCUUGUCCGUGGCUAUACGAUGGCAUUUCCAUUAUCACGAUGACUAACGAGUGACAUAUUGUAUUACAUAAUAUCGUCAUGUGUUUCAGACAAUCGUAUUGUAAAUGCCGAGUUUAUAUUAUUAUUAUUAUUAUUGUUGUUCUACCUAUUAUUGUCGUAUACUUGGUGCAGCAGGUACAAACUACAACGAACGACCACCAGACGCGACGACGCGACGGGUAAAACACAAAACCGUAAAACACGGUACACUUACGGAAUACGUAAUAUUAUUAUAAUGGUAGUCAAAUAAUUAUUAAACGAUAGUAAUAUUAUUAUAAUAUCGAAUGAAAAUAUAUUCAAACGCGAUACGAAUGUAAAAUGUCCGACACGAAAAGAAUGUGAGAAUAUCCGUUUCGUGUAUGAAUUCGUUGAUUUCCGUUUGUGGAUAGGUAACCCGGCUAUGAUAAAUACGCGGGUGAAAAUAAAAAUAAAUAUAUGUAAAAUAAUAACCUUAAAAAAUAUAUAUAUAAUAAUAAUAGCUGAUAAAAAAAAAAUUAUCUCACCCGAACGACAGGAAAUAAUAACAAUAAAAAUAAACCCUUUUCCAAUAAAAUAAUAUACGUUAGUAUAAUCGUAACUUAUAUUAUUUUAAUCUCGUUUUCGUUGAAAUACAAUAAAAUAUUCAAAACCUAACCUAACUUACUUCGUAAUGUCCGAUUUAAAAUCAGUCGAGUUCUCCGCGCGCCAUAGCGUUAAAAAAAAUAAAUAAAAAUUGGUAUUCAAAAGAGACCGUCGAACAAUUAUUAUCGUCGACAUUAAAACUCAUUCUGCGAAACGUUUCAAAUUAUAAUAUGACCAUGAUUGGCUUUUCACUCCCCGUCUUACGAAUGCCUUACCCCAUAGGCGGUCACCUACCUCAGUUUAACGUUUUAAUUUAUAAGGGUUUGAUAAUUAUUUCUCCAGCUUUAUCAGCCCGUUUUGUCUUUUUUUUUUUAAUAUUAUAAUAAUGUUUUAUACUUACCUACAGCAAGCGUAUAUAUUGGAAAUCGAUUUGUUUAAAACCAAAAAAAUAAAAAAUAAUAAUAUCGGGAAAAUGAAGGGGGGGGGAAUUAUUAAACCUACGUUAAAUUUAUAAAAAUAUGAACGAUACUAACAUUUUUAAGUAUAGUCACAUAUCUAAUUUUAUAUACAUAACCUAAGGCGAACUUUCAGAAAGGUUCUUUUUAUCUACUUUUAUACUUUUAUAGCUUCUAUAUGGUAUCGAAGACCGUAGUAUUAUGACUCGCAUAUGACUGAUAUUCAUCAUCCUCGUUCGUCACCAUAAUUUCAUUUAAAAGUUUUGUAAAGGGGCUUAACUUUAUAAUAAUAAUAAUAAUAAUAAUAAUAAAUGCGUGCGCGUGUAUGAGAAAUUCAAAGUGCGUGCAUAAUAUGAUCAUUGCUGGAAAAUCAUUCGUCUGUUUAAUGUUUUUUUUUUUUUUUAUGUGUGUAAAAAUAUAUAUGAGCUUGGAAGGAUUGGGUCAUUUUGAAAUUUAUAUAUACAUGUAUCGUAUAACAAUAUUACUACACUUCUCAAUCAAAAAAGUCCUUUUAAAAAAUAAAAAUAUUUUUAGAAUAUUUAUGUAAAGUUAUACUAAUGUAGAUGGAUACAUAAAAUGCAUAUGCCGGAGUCCUGAGGGACGUUUUAAUGUGGGCAUUAAUGAAGAAAUGGGUUCUUUGAUAAUCGUAUGUUGAUUUAAUAGUAGACACGUACCUAGGAUCGAGUAGGAGUGUCAAGAGUGUGAAAGUACAGAAGAUUUCGGUGUUACACAAUGAUAAACAAUGAGGAUACGGUGCACAUGGUGCUUGCGGAUAACACAGUUUUAAUAGAAGAAACCGUAGAGGUCAGUUAACAAUAGAUUUAAGGCGUGGAGAACAAGGACUAAAGACUCUGUUAAGUAAAUUUAUUUAGUUAAAUAAAAUAUUUAAGUUUUAUUUUUAUCACUUUAAUUCACCUAUAAAAAAAAAUACUCCAAUUAUCGAGAUUGAGUUUAUUUAGUAAAGAAGAGCUCAGAAAAGUGCCUGAAAGUAACGGGAAAAAGAUAUAAUAUAAACGCGUUAUAAUAGACACAACACGAUGCCAUAAAGUAUCUAUAGUUUCGAGGGAAAUUCAAAAAAAAAAUAAUAAUAUACUUAUCAGAUGGUUUUCUAAAUAAAAUGUAAUAUAUUAUAAUAUUAUAAUUUAAAAACAUUCGCGGGGGUUUUCAAUUUCUCUAAUGGAAUUUUACGUAUUUUUUAAAUUAUGUACGUUUAGAUUGCUGCGGACAAGAGUAAAUAACGUUUUAUAUACAUAAAAAUAAAAUUACGGUUAAACGCGAUUUUCUUCAUUUGUCAAUAAUGUUAAAUACAUUAUUGAUAUUAUAAUUAUCAUACUAUUAUUAGUAGUGUAAUAUAAAAUCAAUAAGCGGGAAAUAAGAUCGUUCGUAUCAGUAGCGUAGUUAUGGGUGGAGGACGAAGGCGGCAUUUGUUACCCAAUCUCCGAAAAAGAAAAAAUGAAUUGGUUAUUUUAUGAUAAUAAUAAUACAGAUUCAACUAUUGUCGUGAUAACGGCUAUAGUAUAUAGUCAGGCUUAUGCAUUUCCAGAAAUUUAACAUUUGACAGCGCUUGCCGUUAUUGCCGGGAGUAAUAAUAUUUUAUUACAUCUGUAAUUAAAAUAGAAAAAAUAGACAGGUAGGAUCCGUGUUUUUUGAUACGCAAAAACCGCCCAAAUAUUACCUAACUUCAUUUAUUAUUAAACGAUUGUUUGUCGUCUCUUAUUAUCGGCUUGUAGGCCCGGUGUGGAGGAAACACAUUACUGAACAAAAACGUGACUUACUGUGAUCGUCAUACUAAUCUAUUUUGUUCGUGAUUUCAUAUGAAAAGUUUUGAAAAAUGUCCUCUUACCCUUCGAUUAAAAUUCUUGGCUGCGCCACUGGUUCGUAUUGUACAAUUUUCGUUUCGCGAGUUUUCGAAAUCGUUUGUAGGAAUACAAUAAUUCCAUCUUGUUUUGAUAAUAAUUUUCUUCUAUAAAACAUUCGCUCUUGCGCCCAUUCAGAUAAUGUUGAACGAAGUAUUAUAUACAAUUUCAAACUUUAUAAUGUUACUAUACAAACAAUAAUGGAAAUAAACUUUGUGUGCGGCGGAAGAGUGAAAUGAGUUAUCACUAAUAACGUUACGAAAUGUAUAGCACUCUUGUUAUAUCUAUGUCACGCGAUAACAACAUUACACUUUCGAGUAUAUACGUUUGUAUAUUAACAAUAUAAUAAUAUAUACGAUACACAAAGGUACCUAUGUAUAUUGUAUGUGUACAUAUGUAUAUAUUGUAUAUUCGUUUAAAACUCAUGUCGCCUAUCUGCCGGAAGAAUCGCCAAACAGCGAAAAACAAAUUCUGCAUGCACAAUAAAUAAUACAUCAAAUAUACGUUAUAUUAUUGCGAUUCGUGGUAUUUGAUUGUGCGUACGUAUUUGCAGAUUGUCGGAAUUCCAUCGUUUUUAUUUUUCAGAUUUUCGUUAAACGAUUUCGAAAUGUCUUGUCGUCCGGUAUUCCAGGGGGUCCGUAUAGGCAAAUUAACGACACUAUUGUGCGGAGGAAAACGAAAAUUGAACGGCCCGAAAAUAUUCAAAUUCAAUUGUAUUAAUACGGAAGUGCAAUAUUAGUCUAUGUCUCGAGUAUGUGUGUCAUUGUGUAAUUUUGACAUUCAUUCAAAAACAGACAAAAUUAUAGAUUGAUAAAUAACAUUAUACAGGUAUAUAGAUAGAAUUAUAUGCAUCAAUAUAAAAAGUGAUUUCAGAAUUUGUAUUCGUUCUAUGAACAAAUUUUUUAUAAUAACUUUAUCUAAAGAGUUUGAUAACAUAUUGUUGUGUGAAAAACGAGACUAUUGAUAUUUUUGCACCAGCCAUUUUGAAGUAAUACAAUUUUAUAAUAUGUACACGAACAAUUGAUUUUAAUCUUAGAGACGGACGAAAUAUUAUAUAUACUAUAUUCUCGGUAAUUCGUUAAUUAAGUGUAGUAGUUAUUUUAAUCUCGAUCUCUUUAUGCCGGAGUUCGUUAUAAAGCUGCAAAAUUUAAACCGAGAAAGUUUACUAUACCUACAAACAUCUUUUACGCGAGUUUUCAGAAUAUCAUUAAAGAACUUUUUUAAUUCGAAUGACGUUUUGAAUACGUAGUGGGAAAGAAUUACUUAAAUCAAACUUUCUAGCACAUAAAAUGAUUACGAUAGUAACAUAAAGUAAUUAAAAAAAAAUAAAUAAAAGUUAAAAAAUUCAAACACGAAUGUCGAAUGAAAUAUUAUUUCAUUAAACGCCGUAUAAUUAGGUACAUUAUUUAGCCAUUACAGGAAUAUUUAUAUAUUCAUUAGUGAUACAUUUUAGCGCUUAUAUAUUAUGGAUAAUCGAAUGAUAAUAAUAAUAAUAUAAAGUACUAUAAAAUAACAGAAAUUCAAAAAAAAUCCAAAGAUAAAUAUUAAAUAUUACAUUUAUCGUCGAAAUGUCUUUCGUACAACACUAUAAGUUCAUUUUGUUUGACCUCAUAUUAUACUAUAACCAAAAAAAGGACGGAAUACUACGCACGUGGGUGCAGCCGUUGUUAUAGAUGGGAAGUUGGAUACGCAGGAUACAGAAGGGAAUUUAAUGUAUAUCUGUAAGGAGUUAAUAGUAAGAUGCUUUGUCAACAAUAUAUAUGUUAUAUUAUAGUAAAAUAAUUAAAUAGACAUUAUAAAUUUUCUUUAAUAAUACAUGUUUAACAUUGUACCGGUAUUCCUACGUUAAUCCAAUGUUUUUUCCCGGUUUUUCACAUUUGCUGGGAAAACUCUUGGAAAAAUCCAAAAAUAACCUCUCUAAAGUAGCUCUCCAGUUAGACUGGACAAAUGAACAUAUUGUAUCAAAAUCAAGUUAUAUUAUGUUUAAAUAGCUCUCUUAAUAUUAAUUUCCCUAAUCCUAUCCAGGACUACGCUACGUAUCAGUCUUAAAAUGCACCUAUCUACGGCUUCUGAUUUUGUUUCACCUCUUUUAUUCAAUGUUCUUUGAUCUUCGGUGAGUUCACAACAGUUUUGUACUAUACAACUUCACUUUUGACCUAACACUUUUUUAUCUCGCGACACUCUUGUCAUUUCCCUCAGAAUUCAGAAUUCCAGCCUCACUCACUAAUUUGAUUUGAUUCCAUCUUCCACGAUUUCUCCACUUUACAAUACGAUUUUUACACAUAAUUAAGUAGGGUAUAAAAUGCACAAAAAAAAAAAAACCUCUUAAAAAUCCACAAUCAUAUCUACGUGAUUUUUUUACAGAUUAAAUCAGUGGCGUCUGGUGGCGUUUCAGUCCGGUCUGGGAUGCUGAGGAUACUGAACAGUACUCUGGAAGACAUGACUUCUGGCGCAGUGGUGGUGGAUGAUUCCAAGUCCAGCAUCCGUCUGUCGGCCAAUCGCUUCGCGUCCAUGGUCAACGAUAGCGUUUCUGUGCUCCAGCCAGACGGUCCGACUGUUUAUGUAGACGGAAACAAAUUCCUAACAUUACCGGCUGACCUGCAACUGUUCAAAUCGGAACGAGCUGUCGAAUUCCGUGACAACGAGGUGGAAAAUGUGGACCUGGGACGGUUCUUGUUUGACAUCGAUGCCGGAGUCCGCGUGACCGGCAAUCGGUUCGUGUGCGACUGCGACCCACGCCGGAUCAGCGUACUCAAGAUAAACCAGGUGUUCCCGGAUUUGAUGCCGGACGCCGACAGCCGCUUAAGCCAACUACUGACCGAUAACUACUGCCUGAAGUUCGAGAACACCACUCUGGCCGAUUACAGGGAUCUUCUGGUCAAGGAAAUUGCGUGUAAGGGUACUACCGUAACCACGGUUCAGUCACCGACUAGCAGCCAGCCGCCCUCUAGGGAUGUUAAUGACUUUAAUCGCGGUAACCGCGCAGUGAUCACCGCAUCUUAUGCGAUGAUUUUCACUGCCGUCACCGUUUCAUUGCAUCCUUUGCUGCCAAUACAUACCUACUUGAAUCCAGUUUUCAGAUUUUUUUAAAGAAAAUAAUAUCAUUUUUUUUUUUUUUUUUUUAAUCAUUUUAAAUUGCGUCGUAUACGUAACUAAUAAAGUAAUAAAUAUAAAAUAUAAUUUUUUUUUAAUUUUGUAAUGAACGCACUCCUAUUAAAAUAUAUUUUCGUAUUUUAUGUAAUGUACAUAUUAUUAUUAUUAUGUAUUUUUUUUUUUUUUUGAAGUAUUAAAUAUUUUUUAU